CCUGCCGGAAGCUUUUAGUUUCACUUUCCUUUCUCUCUGCAGGAAGCAAACUCUCAGCAGAAUUUUCUUUCUCUAAACACUGGCUGCUUGAAAAAAUCAGAGCAACUAAUACUUCAUUUUAUCCAAAUACAACUCUUAAAAACAGAUACAGAACAAUGGAAUUAACAUCCAGUUUACCAUGGAAGAUGGAGAAACAACUACAACAGCUGUUUGGAAAUGUUUCUUUGAGCCUUCUUUAUAAAUCAAGCAUUCAUAGAAAUGGAUUUAAGCAGAUGUUUGAUAAGUGUUGUAAUCAGGGUUCAACCAUAACAAUGUUUUAUAAUUCUAAGUUCAUUUUGGGAGCUUUUCUCUUUAGAAGCUAUCCUGAAGAAUUUAAUGGUAUAAGUGAACCAAAUUCUUCCCUCUUUUUUUUAUUUGAGAGAGGUAAAACAGCAGAAAUGACAAGUAAAUAUUUAAUUACAGCGCUGCAAAUUACUGAUGGAAAUCUGACAUUUUAUUGUUCUAAAGAUAAGAUUUUAUCUGUAGAAUCAUUGAAAAAUAACUGCAGUUUACAUCAAAUAUUACUAGAUGGUCUGAGGUCCUAUACUUACAGCUUUCGUUUUUCAGAAUGUGAAGUUUUCCGAGUUGAAGGAACCAAGAAUAAAGGAGACUACAUAAGCAAGAUAACACAAGCCAUUAAGUAUAAAAGUAAUCUUCUAGCAGAACUCAGAGACUACAAGACCUAUGACAACAUGGUCUCAGAAAUUCGUAUUCUCUUGCUGGGACCAGUUGGGUCUGGAAAGUCCAGUUUUUUCAAUUCAGUGAAGUCUGUUUUCCAAGGCCAUGUGACUCGUCAAGCUGCAGUGGGGUCUGAUAUCACCAGUAUAACUGAACAGUAUAGAGUAUAUUCUAUUAGAGAUGGAAAAGAUGGCAAAUCUCUACCAUUUCUGUUGUGUGAUUCCAUGGGGCUGGAUGAUAAAGAGGGAGCUGGAUUGUGUGUGGAUGACAUACCUCAUGUCUUAAAAGGCAACAUAUCAGACAGAUACCAGUUUACUUCCCAUAAGCCGAUUACAUCCAACCAUCCUGCCUUCAUUGCUUCUCCAUCACUGAAGGACAAGAUUCACUGUGUGGCUUAUGUCUUAGAUACCAACUCUGUCGACACUCUCUCCUCGAAAAUGGUGUCUAUAUUCAAACAAAUUCGAAGAGAAGCAUUAAGCUGCGGUAUAGCACUGGUAGUCUUGCUUACUAACCUGAACAACUACAGUGAUGUUCUGCAAGGCGAUUUUUUAAACAUGAGUGAAUUGAUGAUUUCUCAAAACCAACGAAUUGUUAACAAGGUCCAUGAAUUACUAAGCAUUCCUAUUUUUAAUAUCUUCAUGGUUGAAAAUUAUGCUUCAGAGUUGGAGCUGGACCCUUUAAAGGACAUUUUAAUUCUUUCUGCACUGAGGCAGAUGUUAAGGGCUGCAGAUGAUGCCUUAGAAGAUUUACCUCUUGAGGAAAUAGAUUAAAUUGAAUGGUUGUUCAAGUUCUUCAUGUGACAUCACUUGCCUUGAUGCUGACACAUGGCCUUAACCUAGACUGGCAUGUCCUGCUUAGAGCUGGUGUCUGCUAAAAUCAACCUUGAAACUGCUUUCA